AUGGAAGGAAGCAAUCAAGCUGCUCCAGUUGAAAUUGAAAACCCACACAUUUCAUUAGAAACUUCCAUGAAAAGGGAAUUGGAUAGCUUAUGUCGUCUAUCCUCUCCGCGUUGUAUUUACAAAGUUCCUAAGCGACUACGAUGUGUAAAUGAAAAGGCAUACACACCUCAGGUAGUCUCUAUAGUUCCACUCCACCAUGGCAAGAAAGCCUUAAAAGCCAUGGAAGAGGAGAAGAGAAGAACUUUACAUCUUAUAGACGAAUCAGAUCAAACCAAUGAAGGGCCAAGCACUACACUCUGCAUUACGAAACUUAUAAGAACUUUACAUCUUCCAAUAUUGGAGGAAUCAGAUCAAAGCAAUGAAGGGCCAAGCACUACACCCUGCAUUACGAAACUACACCAGGCUGGGGUCAAGUUUAAGUUGAGAUCAAGCAGAAACUUAUUCGAUAUAAAAUUCAAGGAUGGGAUUCUAGAAAUUCCAAAACUAAAAAUACACGAUCACACGGAGCUCACACUCCGAAACCUCAUUGCCUUUGAACAGUGCCAUUGCGAUAAAAAUUACAUAAGUGAUUAUGUUUCGCUCAUGGAUGACUUGGUGAACACCGAAAAGGAUGUCGAGUUCCUUCUGAAGGAUGGGAUUGUCGAACAUACGCUUGGUGAUGACAAUGAUGUGUGCAUUCUGAUUAACAACCUUGGAAGAGGAGUUGCUUUGUAUGGUGAAAGCUUCUACUAUGCUGAUCUUUCUAAGGACCUCAAUAGCUACUGCAGAAAGACUUGGAAUGAGUGGAAGGCAAAUUUGAGGCAACAUUAUUUCAUGAGCUUCUCUUGA